GAGUUUUUUAAAAAUAAGAUUGUGAACCUUCUAGUACUUGAAAUAUUUAGUAAGAUAUUGAAGUGUAAACUUGGGUAGAAGUCCUCAUCAUCCGUAUUAACUGUUAUAAAAAUAUAAGUAAUAUAACCUUCGGAAGCGAUAAGGUGGGUGACAUAAAUAAGAUGGAAAGAAUUGUUCGUUGUUGAAAUGACGCAAUAGAACUUAGAACGGUAGAAGUGCAUGCGAAGAUUAUGUUAAUUAAUGCCUGAUAUGUGUUUUUGGAAAGUGAAGAAUUAUUUUUUGUAAUGGCAACUGCAGUCUCUCCUGCAUCUGAAAAUGCUGCAUCAACUGUUGGUAUCAUCUCUCCAACAAACCCUUCUUCCUCAACUAUAGCUCAGCCUGCACCUGCCAUCCGUGGGGCCAUCACAAUACCGACUGUUCUUCCGUCAUCUACUAUAAACAGUGUUUCUGUGUCAGGUGUCACUCCUGUUAGUGUGACAGCUGUUUUAAAGACAACAUCUGGAACAGCAACUUCUUCAGUCAGUGACAGAUUGGGGCCUGUUAGUGGUAGUGAUGUGGACAAGGUACUGAACAAGCAAAGGUUACAGGACCUGGUUAGAGAAGUGGAUCCUAAUGAGCAAUUAGAUGAAGAUGUUGAAGAACUUUUGCUUCAAAUUGCUGAUGAUUUUAUUGAGAAUGUGGUGACAUCAUCAUGCCUUUUGGCUAAACAUCGCAGGUCAUCGACUUUGGAUGUAAAAGAUGUACAGCUUACUUUGGAGAAAAACUGGAACAUGUGGAUCCCUGGUUUUGGAGUUGAAGAAAGGCCAUAUAAGAGGUCAGCAACAACUGAAUCUCAUAAGCAGAGAAUGGCACUAAUAAGAAAAACUUUGAAGAAAUAACGACUUUCUUGUGGGUUCAUAUUGAUUUCUUUUGUAUGAAGAGUAAUGUUUUCAUCUUUGUGGCUUAAUAAUGUAUUAUUAGAGCAAUUCUGAAUAAAGUUUUUUUUCUUUUUUACAAAUA